AUGGCGUCUACACAUAACAUAGACGCACUUUCGGGCCCGCCUUUCCGACACCUGUCCAUUUGCAGACUUCCUGUUGAGAUGCUGCUAUCAAUCGCUAAUUUGCUCGAGAACAAGGACCUCAUCCGGCUUGGAUGCACUUGCGCGAAAUUGCGAAAGAUAAUGGAGGACGUCUUAUACCGCUGCCCUGAUUUAGAUCCUUGGGAUUGGGACCGCAAAACUUACUCCAAGUCGGCCCCGAGUAAGAUUGUACCAAUGAAGGACACUCUCGAGAAGCGGCCAGAUCUCGCACGUGGGGUCCAGGAGCUCGAGCUUGGGCCUCGAAAGACCACCGUACCCAUCGAACUCGCUGUUAUGCCUGCAUUGAUUGCGCAGUCAACUCCUUUAUGCGGCUCCAUUGAGGCCCACAUAUGCGAAUAUUUUCUUGCAGGCGCUCUGCUCCACCUGACGCCUAACCUGCGCACUCUCAAGCUCAUACUUCAUGGUACAGAAAUGGGGAAAGAUAAGCCUUUGCAGAAAUUUUUUGGCCCGAAGGUGGACGACCGCAAAACCGACCUAUCCGUUAUACCGGGCCUUCGGCACCUUACGACGUUACACUUCCUCUCCAACACGGAUCACCACUUCCAGACGCUUUGGGCAACGCUACCGGCGCUGCGAGAGGUGCAGAUUCGUGGCAUUUACACGAUAAGCGACGAAAAUGUCUCCCAAGGGCCGGUUAUGGUCAGAAAGCUGAGACUCGACGCGCUUAGUCCUGUGCUUUCUCCCCGCGACAGAAGGCAUAGCGGCUGGUCUACAUUCCUUCGUCACUUCUCGGUACUUGAGGAACUGCAGGUCCAGAUCAUCCCAGAUUACAGGAAAACAAAUUCUUCAGAGGUGCUUGGUCACGGAUUGCUGGGAUCGUAUUCCACCCUGGUCAAUAUGAUAGGACACCUACGCAGUGUCUUGACAGUGCUGGAUCUACGGCUCGAACACUACGAUCCUACCUCAUUCCUCGACUUCGUCACACCAUUUUGUCCUUCGUCGCUAAAGGAAUUUAGCGCCUUGAAGUUCCUCCGCAUACCGUACGACGGCCUCUUCGCAAAGAACGCCACUCCCUCUCCCAGCGCUCAGGAUUGCCUCGCCCGGGUGCUGCCGGAAUGUCUCGAGCGACUAGAAGUCCUCUUUCCGCUUUUGGACAUCUACAACCACUUCGAUCGGUUUCUUGAGCAUCCGCAGAAGACCCGUUUUGCUCUCAAGGACGUUGUAUACCAUUGCUCAAAUGCUCGAGGUCAUCCAUUCGAGCAGUUCAUGUAUCUCUCGGAUCCUCAUCCAACGUUUCAGCGGCUGCGUGCGUCGAACAUCGACGUUCAGUUCCACUACCGUAAGCAAGAUCGUCGUCCUGGGUGGGAGGAGUACGAUAAAGCAACAUAUGCGCUUGCGAAAUGGCUCGCGAAUGGCGGCAAUGCCUACGAAGGAUCUAUAUUCGCGGACCAGGUCGAUAAUGGAGGGGAUGUUGACCAGUUUGAAGUCGUCAUUCUUCCAGAGGGUCUUGGAUGCUUCGAUCUGACUCCGCAUGGUAGCAUAGUGCGAGGGUAAGUCUUAGUCAAUAGGCCGUACAAUCGAUGCUGUGUUUUGAUUGCGAGCAUUAAAGAACGUAGAGUUUUCCUUCCAGGUCGCCAGCUAGAUAUAGUACCGAG